AUGCCAGACAAAUUCCAUCGUUUCAAGUCUCCCAUCUUGACAGAUCGCCCACACCGCCUGCAGCCUCCACCUGCCACCCCACAACCGACCGAGCUCGCCCACGCCGUCCGUACCUCCCCAGCUCAUCCACCUGCGACCGACUCGGGACUCGGUGUCAUCAUCGACAGUCUUGAACCACUAUCCCAGGAACACCAGACCCGCGCUGCCAAUCCCUCUCCACUGCCAAUCAACUCUCCCGCCCUUGUCUCGCGACGACAACCCUUCGCCUCCAGCGUCGCUGGAGCGGGCGACUCCGGCGCUGCCGACGUAGGUGGCACUCCAUGCAGCUGCCCCGGCUUUGAUCCAGAUGCCCCGGGCGCCGGCUUUCCCGGCGAUCCAGGUCCUCCAAGCAGCGGUCAAGCCGGCGUCGACCCUAGCACGGAUCCUAGCUCUAACACUCAAAACAACGAUGACGCCACUACCACUCCCGGUACUAGUGGGUCUAGUGACGCCUCCGACGGCCUAGGGAAUGUUUAUCUCGCUGCAGGUGGCCCGAAUGCGAAUUCGGACUCUGCGACUGGUGCGGCCGACAGCAGUGCGCCAGCGACUUCUGACGGUGCGAAUGCUGCCUCGGGCUCACCAAACAGCGGUGGCGACCCAUCUUCUCGCACCGCUGCCCUCAACUCUGCUUCCCGUGUGGCUAGCCCUCCUGACAGAGGAAACGGAACUGGCGACCACAAUUCAGAAUCGGACUGUACUGCCUCUGGUGCUAACAUAAACGCUGCUGUUGAUGGCGGCGCCAGUAGCACAGGCUCCGACCCCAACUCUGGUGCGGUAGACGCAGCUCCUCGUGCUGUCCCUGGCGCUGGCACCGACACGGCCAACACGGCCGAUAAUGGCGUCAACUCACAUGAAAAUGUAGAUUUUGUUGUCGCGAACGCGCACAGAGCUGAUUCAGGAAAUACAAACUACAAAUGGCGCAUCUGA